AUGACUGUAAUAUGUAACAGUGACAGUGACCAAACUCCGAUAACCUUCGAGGAAGCCCUUGAUAGGACAGGGAAUGGCCUGUACAAUGUUCUGCUGGCACUGACAUGCGCGCUAAUACUCUUGGCAAUCGGUAUGGACAUGUUUGGCCUCAGUCUAGUAGUGGCAGCAGCCUGUGAUCUUGACCUCACCGUCACGCAGAAGGGGAUCCUCACUUCACUGCCUUUCAUUGGUAUUCUAUUGGUUUCCUUCUUCUGGGGCUACGUUUCCGACACCCGGGGGAGACGAUUCACCCUGGUGGUGCCCCUCAUGAUAUCCUUCAUACUGUCCUGCAUCAGCAGUCUGUCGCCGCAUUGGAUCUUCCUAGGAGUCGCUAAAUUCUUCUGUGUUUGUUUUGCGUGUGCAGCCAACUCCGUAACCUAUACCCUAGUAGGAGAGUCAUGUAUCCAGCGAGUGAGGAACAAAUACAUGCUCCUGAUGACUUGCCUUAUAUUAUUGUCUCCAGCAGUCGCUGGUGUUGUGACAUACCCAACUCUUAAACUGGACUUUGCGGCUGAGAUAUCACUGUUGGGUAUUGUCUAUCGACCCUGGAGACUACUGAUCAUAGUUCUGGCGUUGCCUUCCGGAAUCGGAGCCGUAGCUAUCUACUUCUUCCGUGAAUCACCCAAGUUUCUUUUUAAUUCGGGCAAACAAGAAGAAGCUCUGGAAGUAUUGAAAUACAUCUAUGCUGUCAACCACAGAGGAUCUAAGGAGGAAUUUCCGGUUAGCUCAUUAAAACUAGAAGAACAAGGCACAAAGAAGAAGAUGUCUCUUCUAAAAGCUAUGUAUGAACAGAGCGCCCCCCUCUUCAGGUCACCAUACUUAUGGAGGAGCCUCCAGCUUUUCUACAUAGUUGCAGUUGUUUACAUCACAAACAACAGCUUCUUAAUAUGGCUACCUCAUAUUCUGAACGUCAUCAGAUUAUCUAUGGAGAGCGACGUUUAUGACUCUGGCAACAUUUGUCACUUGAUUAGUAGCAAACCUGUGCUUGCUGUGGACACAAAUUCCACUCUCCACGAAAUACCGCUAUCUCAAGUAUGCGUAAGCACAGUGGAAAAGAACGUAAUCAUCACUCUAAUCGCCUCUCAGUCCGUCUUUGCGUUCAUCAAUUUCCUCAUCUCCUACCUCCCAAACCGCCGUCGUCUUGUCCUGAUCACAAUCCUCUGUGUCUCUGCUAUCAGUGGAGUCUGCUUGAACCUGGUUCCUGAGCCGAUUUCCAGUGUUUUCUUCUUCAUGGCGUUCACUUGUACGUGUCUUGGAAUGGGCAUCCUGGCUUCAUAUUUUGUGGAUAUCUAUCCUACAUCAUAUAGAGGUAUGGUGGCCUGCCUAAGCAUAAUGGUGGGUCGUAGCUGCACCUUCAUUGGUAUCAACGUGGUUGGGAACCUCAUCUUCAACUAUUGUCAAAUCACAUUUUACAUGUGGUCCUUGCUUGUGCUUAGUAGUGCAAUAGCUGCCUGGUUCUUACCCCCAGACAAAUCGCCUGCACAAGCUGUAUCCAAGACAAUUUCUGCUUGA